CCCUCUAGCGGGGAGCGGCGGCAGCUCGGCGGGCCCGGGUGCACCCCCGCCCCGGGCCGCCGCGGGCACGUGGUGCGGGCGGGGCGCGCUUCCGGCGCGGCGGCGGAUCGCAGGAGACCCUCUGACCCGUAGCGAUGGGGAGACCCAGGAAGGAGCCUGCUGGCGCGUCCUCCCCUCGGCCGGCCACGGCCGCCCCCAAAACCGCCCCUGCCGAGCCGCCACCUUCCACCUCGGCCGCCCGGGCCAAGGCUGUGGCUGUGGGAGGCCAACGCAGGAGUGCUCCCGCUGCUGGGGCUGCUGGCCGGGGAUGGGGGACAAAGCCAGGCUCCUCUCAGCCGCGACCUGCAGCAUCCCGCGGAGCCCAUGGAGGUGCUGGGGACCAGCGUGGAGCACCUGCCGGGAGUUGCUCUGCAACCCAGAAGAAGACACCUGAUGCCAAAGGAGCUGCUAGCCCAGCUGGACCUGACCCACGUCCACAGAAGAAGCAGCCUGGGGCUGACCCGAGCGUGGCCUGGGACCAGUUCCUGCCCCCGCUGGAGAGCCAGGACAUCCCGUGGGUGGAGAAGGAGACCCGGGGCCAGCGGAGCAACCCCAAGUGGUACGAGUGGCGGGAGAACCGCAUCACCGCCUCCAUGGCCCCCAGGAUCGCCAACAGCAAGUUUGCCAAUGGCAAGACGGCUGAGGUGCCCCAGUCCUACCUGAAAGCAGUGGUGAGCUCCAGCCCCAGCGUGCAGACGCCAGCCAUGUCCUGGGGGGUCCGCAACGAGAAGGUGGCCGUGCAGGCCUACGAGCAGCUGAAGUCGCAGGCGGAGGGCAAGCCGGUGCGGGUGGAGGACUGCGGCCUCUUCAUUCACCGGGAGAAGAAGUGGAUCGCCGCCAGCCCCGAUGGCAUCAUCAAGGAGGCAGCCACGGGGAAGGCUCUGGGGCUGCUGGAGGUGAAGUGUCCCUACAAGCACAGGAACAGGACGGUGCGCGAGGCCUGCAAGGACAAGGACUUCUGCCUGGAGGUGGAUGGGGACUCCUAUGCCCUGAAGAAGGAUCAUGCCUACUUCACCCAGGUCCAGUGCCAGCUGGCAGCCACUGGCUUCCAGCAGGCCGACUUUGUGGUGCACACCACCAAGGAGACAGCCGUGGUCCCCGUGGAGUUUGACGCGAAGUUCUGGGGGCAAACAGUGCCCAAGCUGGAGAAGUUUUAUACCGAGGCAGUGAUUCCCCACCUGGAGGAGAAGGCAGCUGGUUCCGUCUGGGCCAAGGAGGAGUAAACCCCGCUGUCUCGCUGCACAAACCCAGCUUUGGCCCCUCAUGUAGAAAUUACACCUAGUUUUGCUGAUGCUCUUGGACGGUUCAGUGCCUCUGCCCCAAUGCAACUGUCUCAGGACCGAAACGUACCAGCAGGACCCUGCUUUGGUAAGGGUCCCUACAGUCAGUGACUCCUCCUGCCCUGGCCAGGCCAGCGCUCUGCUCCCUAUGCCACCUUGUCCUGUCUCCCCCACCGUAUCCCCUGCUUGACCCCUGAUAUUGCCUGGCAGAGGCUGGCACACCUCCAGAUCUGCACAGGAAGCCAGUGAUACCUCUAUGUUGGAAUAACACUUAUUUUGUGGAGAAAACUGGAUCCUUUGACACCUCAAGUGCUGCCAAGAUUAAAUCGUAACCCUAUGCCGGAGCAGAGAUAGAGCCAGGGAAGGUUUGUCAGAGCUCAAAGCAAAACACAGCUAUUCAGCUAAAUUGUGAUGUGCCUUAAGAGCUGCAGCAAGGGCGUGUGGAUGCCCCCCCCCAUGCAAUUGGACCUGCUGCUGCUUUGGAGUAAUGGAUGAUGCUCGGAGUUCUCUGCAGCCUCGGGAAGAUGGUGCCCAUGGAAGAGGUUGGCCCCCAGCCCAUGCACCUCUAAAGGACCUUCCUGUGGAGCAUCCCCAUGUGCCACAGCAGGGCAAGGAGGUGCUCGUUGCGCUAUUAAAUAGGAAGUGUACUGGC